GAUAAUUGACAGGGAGAGCUCACAAUUUCACAAACACACAACACAACAAAACUAAACACUUUACUCUCAAAUCACUCAUCGACUUCACCAAUUUAUUUUCCAAACCCCUCUGAGUUCCUAGUUCCAAGUUAUGACUCGGAAUUAAUGCUCCGUCCGUAGCCGGCACUGAACCUCUGCAAUCCCAAAACCAUGUCAGUUAACGGCAACAGCAACGCCUGGCUCAAUGCAGAGGACCCGGAAUCCAUCACCGCCCCAUUAAUCUCGGGUCAACGAUCAACCCCGAACUCCACUUCGCAGGUUGCUCUGGUCGGCGCCAAUGUCUGCCCCAUCGAAAGCCUCGAUUACGAGAUUUUGGAGAACGAGUUCUUCAAGCAGGACUGGAGAAGCCGCGGGAAGAUGCAAGUCUUUCAGUACAUAUUCAUGAAGUGGUUCUCAUGCUUUCUCGUUGGUCUCAUCGUCGGCCUCAUCGGUUUUUGCAACAACCUCGCCGUCGAAAACAUCGCCGGCAUUAAGUUCGUCAUCACCUCCAACAUGAUGUUGAAGCGCAGUUUUUUGCUGGCGUUUAUUGUCUUCUUCUUCUCCAAUUUGGCUCUCACUCUGUUUGCGUCUAUGAUCACGUCUUUUGUGGCGCCGGUUGCUGCGGGCUCCGGCAUACCGGAGGUGAAGGCAUACCUGAACGGCGUGGACGCGCCGGGAAUAUUUUCCUUAAGAACUUUAUUUGUUAAGAUUGUCGGUAGUGUUUCUGCGGUGUCAUCAUCUCUUCUUAUUGGAAAGGCAGGGCCGAUGGUGCAUACCGGUGCCUGUGUUGCAUCAUUGUUGGGUCAGGGUGGAUCAAAGAAGUACGGUUUGACCUGGAAAUGGUUACGGUAUUUCAAGAAUGAUCGAGACCGUCGGGAUCUCGUAACGUGUGGAUCAGCUGCUGGGAUUGCUGCCUCUUUCCGUUCCCCUGUUGGUGGUGUGCUGUUUGCUUUUGAAGAGAUGGCAUCUUGGUGGAGAAGUGCCCUUCUGUGGAGAGCUUUCUUUACAACAGCUGUAAUUGCAAUUGUGCUCCGGGCUCUGAUUGAUGUUUGUUUAAGUGGCAAAUGUGGGCUAUUUGGUACAGGGGGGCUGAUAAUGUUUGAUGUCUAUUCAGCGAGUGUGUCAUAUCACAUUGUGGAUGUGCCUCCCGUGCUUCUCCUUGGGUUCGUAGGCGGCAUAUUGGGAAGCUUAUAUAAUUCUCUAUUAACAAAAGUUCUCCGAAUAUACAAUCUCAUCAAUGAGAGAGGCGUCAUUUAUAAAAUACUUAUAGCUUGCACAAUCUCCAUGUUCACAUCUUGUCUUCUCUUUGGAUUACCAUGGCUUGCAUCUUGUCGACCUUGCCCAGCUGAUGCAGCAGAAGCCUGCCCUACAAUUGGACGGUCUGGUAACUUCAAGAAGUUCCAAUGCCCUCCUGGUUACUAUAAUGACCUUGCCAGCCUCAUAUUUAACACGAACGAUGAUGCUAUUAGAAACCUUUUCAGCAAGAACACUGAUUCUGAGUUUCAUUUUUCAUCAAUUAUCAUAUUUUUCGUCACCUGUUUUUUCUUAAGUAUCUUUAGCUACGGGGUUGUUGCUCCUGCUGGUCUUUUUGUACCUGUUAUUGUGACUGGUGCAUCUUAUGGGCGUUUUGUUGGAAUGUUAGUGGGUUCACACUCGAAUCUCAAUCAUGGUCUCUAUGCUGUGUUGGGUGCUGCUUCUCUUCUUGGUGGAACCAUGAGGAUGACUGUCUCUCUAUGUGUAAUUAUUCUGGAAUUAACCAAUAAUCUAUUAUUGCUACCGUUGAUAAUGGUGGUUCUUCUUGUUUCCAAGACCACUGCUGAUGCGUUCAAUGGAAAUAUAUAUGAUCUGAUUAUGAAAGCAAAGGGUCUUCCCUAUCUGGAGGCUCAUGCUGAACCAUAUAUGAGGCAGCUGACAGUAGCUGAUGUAGUAACAGGGCCACUACAACUAUUUUAUGGAAUUGAGAAGGUUGGUAAUAUAGUACACGUUCUCAGAACUACAGGGCAUAACGGGUUCCCUGUAAUUGAUGAGCCUCCACUUUCUGAAUCCCCUGUUUUGUUUGGUAUUGUCCUCCGUGCCCAUCUUAUUGAAUUGUUGAAGAAGAAAGCUUUCGUGUCCACCCCAGUGCCGACGAGCACCGAUUCCUUUAAGCGGUUCUCAUCAGAGGAUUUUGCCAAGAGGGGUUCAGGCAACGGUGACAAGAUAGAAGAUAUAAAAUUGACUGAGGAGGAGAUGGAAAUGUUCAUAGACUUACAUCCAUUUACUAAUGCUUCACCUUAUACUGUUGUGGAGACAAUGUCACUAGCAAAGGCUCUCAUACUUUUCCGAGAAGUUGGUUUAAGGCACCUUCUAGUAAUACCGAAGAUUUCCACAAGAUCUCCUGUUGUGGGUAUAUUGACAAGGCACGACUUCAUGCCAGAACAUAUACUGAGCUUGAACCCUAUGCUGGUAAAGAGCAGGUGGAAAAGAUUAAGAUUCCGGCUGGCUCCUCCGGCCAAACUCUUUUAGUGGAUUUAGCUUUGUAGUUUCCCUUGAAAGUAAAUAGUCUUAUUCAACCUGCGACUCGCAGUAUCUGCUCUGCAGUACCAAAUCAUGACGAGUCCAGUAUCAUUAUCUUUCAAAUUAUUCAUGGAGUCCAGAGCUUAAGAACUAAGGGACAACUAGUUUAGGUAUCAGAAUAUAAAUAUAGUAUAUAACAUGGCUUAACGAGGUACGCAAUUCUCUCUUGAUGAACUGUGAAACAUGACAUUUUUGCUCUCCGAUGAAAAUACCAUAUUAUUCAGUUGAGAAUUUUGGCCGAAAAA